AUGCCUGACUCUCCCGACAUAGAAGAGGCCAAUCCUUUAUUGCUCGAAUCAGAAGAUGAAUAUCGCAGUAGUCUCGAGUACUCACAAGACACGGCGGACUUCGACAGAAAAGGGGACCCAGAAAAUCCACUCGAGUGGCCUGGCUCCUACAAAUGGGGGGUCGUGGCCUUGCUAUCCUUCAUGGGCUUCACAGUCACAUUCACAUGCAUCUCGCUAGCCCCUAUAGCCGGUCAUGUCGUUGAUGAUCUCAACGGUAGCAAAGGGGCUAAAUCUGCCACCGUUAUGCUCGUCACAAUAUGGGAGCUAGGCGAGGCAGUAGGCCCCCUUUUCAUCGCUCCGCUAUCUGAGAUAUUUGGGCGCUAUCGCCUCUACCUAACUAUGAACACGAUGUUCAUUGUGGCUAUCCUGUUCGCCGCUUUAUCGCCCAGUACAGAACUGCUUAUCGUCUCACGCGCUCUAACGGGAAUUUCGGUAGCGUCCAACGUGCUGAGCCCUGCCAUUAUUGGUGACAUGUUCGUCCCUGAGCAAAGGGGCACUGCGCUUACUCUGAUAAUGUUCACUCCCCUCAUUGGUGGUACCUUGGGUCCAAUUAUUAGCGGUGCUGUCUUGCAGACUCUAGGAUGGCGCGCUAUCAUUUGGAUUAGCGUUGUGAUGGCCAGCAUUUGCCAGAUCUUGUUCUUAACCUUCUUCCAAGAAACAUAUAAGGUCCAGAUCCUGCGCCGGAGGGCGGCUCGGCUAAGUCUUGAAAUCGGGGGGUUCGAGAAGAAAAAGCGUCCUACGGUGGACAUGGCCAGCUUGGGACACUCGAUCAUGCGCCCGGUGGUGGUUCUACUCAACUCGAGUGUUCUGGUGGCUCUCUUGCUGUUUGGGUCUUACAUGUUCUCACAUUUCUACAUUGUAUCCACAACACUUCCUGAGAUUUUGGAAGAUAUUUAUGGACUGUCGCCGACUGAAACAGGUCUUGUUUUCAUUGCAAAUGCCAUUGGCACCAUCAUCAGUUUUAUAAUAUCGAAAGUCCUAUUGGAUAAAAUAUACGUCAAGCUCCGCGCGCGAAAUCACGGAGAUGGUCUGCCCGAAUACCGCCUACCUCUCAGUAUCAUUGGAGCCUUGACCCUCCCCCCUGCGGUGAUUCUGUAUGGAUGGUGCGCUGAAUACAGGCUACCGUUAUGUGUGCUUGUCUUCUCGAUGGUUUGGCUUCGUGCUUCUGUGAUGCUGGCUUCCUCGCCUUUGACGGCGUACAUUGUGGACGCGUGUGGGAUUUAUUCGGCAUCUGCAAUGGCUGGUCUCAUAUCAAUGAGAUGCUUAGCUGGGGCGUUCUUGCCGCUUUCAGUAUCGCGUCUGACUGAGAGGCUUGGGUACGGGGGAGGCUUUUCUAUGCUCGGAGGUCUCGGCCUGGUCUUUGCUCUCAUUCCUACAUUGGUUUUCCACUAUGGUGCACAGUGGCGACAGCGUUCUCGGUAUACAGCAAGUAAUUCGUGA